CAAAAUAAGCCCAGAAUAAGCCCAGAAUAAGCCCAGAAUAAGCCCAGAAUAAGCCCAGAAUAAGCCCAGAAUAGGCCCUAAAUAAACCCUAAAUAAACCCAGUUCACUUACAAUGACUUCGCAGUACAGGGUAAACUACCACUUGCGCGCGCACAAGCGCGACACGCUGAUCGAGUUCAUCAAGGGCAUGCUCCUGACACCAUUCGUGCUGCACGCACAGCCGCAGCCGCUCAGCGAAUCCGAGCAACAGGCCAAGCACGUGCACCUGAACCUACACCGGCACUACACGGAAGAGGCCCAAGAGGCGAACACCCAGCGCUACGCCGAGAUCUUCAGCAACAUCGAAGAUCUGAUCUCGGAGCACCGCGAGUUCCAGCACCAAGGCAUCGGCGGCUACUCGCGGCUGGCCAGGUUGGUGCCAUCCAUCGGCACGUUUUUCACCCACUUGCCGCUGCAGCAGGCGUUCCGCCGCGUGGACCAACGCGACCGCAUUUCAAGACGCAAGCACGUGCCGCCGUCGUUUAAUGAUGUGCGGCGCAUCCUUAAUAUUGCGCAGGUUAUGGCGAUUGCGCCGGAUCUGCAGCUGGUGACUUUCGACGGGGACAUGACGCUGUACGCCGAUGGGCAGAACUUCGAGCAGGACAAUGAGCUGACCCACCUGCUUAUUUCGCUGCUGCGUCGUCGUAUUUGCGUUGCCAUUGUUACUGCUGCGGGUUAUGGCAGCGACGCGCCACGCUACGAGCAUCGGCUGUCGGGGCUUCUCAAGGGCUUUGCGCAGGAGCGGUUGACGCCAGAAGAGGUGGGGCAGUUUUACGUGCUUGGCGGCGAGUGCAACUUCCUCUUCCGCUGCAACCCCGCGUACCGUCUGGACUACGUGGAGGACUCGCAGUACCCGUCGUCUUUGCGCUCGUGGACGGACCCGCAGGUGCAGCAGCUGCUGGACGUUGCUGAGCGCGAGCUCGCUGACUGCGUUCGCCGCAUGUCGCUGAAUGCCGAGAUUUUGCGUAAGCCGCGCGCUGUUGGGCUGGUUCCGCAGGCGCAGCAGCAGUUGACCAGGGAGCAGCUGGACGAGUGCGCGCUGUCGUCGCAGUUCGCCCUGCUUAAAUUCCAAGGGUCGCCUAAGGCCCAGCCGGGCGACGUGCCGAUCCCGUUUUGCGCAUUCAAUGGCGGAAACGAUUGCUGGGUGGAUAUUGGAAAUAAGCUGAUUGGCGUUCGCAUUUUGCAGAAUAUGCUGGGCGCUGGCCCGCAGAGCACCCUGCACGUGGGCGACCAGUUUCUGUCCACUGGAAACGACAUUUCCACGCGCACUGCCUGCUGCACGUGCUGGAUCAUUAACCCGCAGGAGACCCAGAGCAUGCUGAACGAGCUGGAGCUGGUGCUAUCGGCCAGAGAAGACUAGAAUAAAUAACUUAGAGGUGAGAAUAUGCAAUUAAUGUAAUUUAAAUAUAUAUGAGAAGACUUUUGUCAACAAAUCAAUCAA